UCACAUUUGCAUCUAUUCGCUUAUUACUACAGGGCAUCAAACGAGAUAUCCAUGUGACGAUUUGCUUGACCGCUUGUCGAGGCACGCACCGUUUCAUUUGUUGUUGUUAUAAGGCACAUAUUCAUGCAAUGAACGUUGAGUUCCAGCUUUCUAGGAAGCAUGAAGCGGUUCCACUACAUUGUCGCAGCUGCAGCCUUCGCGUUGGUUGCCUGGCUAGCUGCAUGCGCUGUGUUGCCACCAGGCCUGCCUAAGGUGUCGGCAUUCACGGCGCCCGUAUGGAUGGCGUUCUUGUUGGCGGGAUACCUGCUGGCGCGGCUCGUGUACGGUGUGCUGACAUUCAAGAGCUACCCCUCGGCCAUUGCGGAUCUUCAGCGGGAGGUUCAGGAGGCGCGGCUUGGCCUACAGGCUAUGGGCGUGUCAACGGGCUGACGCCAUUGUUAUGGCGCCGCGUGCGUUGCUAGCGGGGGCAGCAUAGCAGACGCGCGUGUGGUCCUGCACGCGCGGCUAGACAGCGCCGCAACAGGUCCUGCAUGGUUAGCGCGCCCUUGCAUGUCCAAGUGGUAAUGCUGGCAACGGAUGCCGCACACAGGACAGAACACCGCAACUAAAGCACCUGCACCAUGCCUCAUGCAUACGGCAAUGUUGUAGUGCGGAGCAUGGCUGCCCUUCUGCUCCUUGGCUUUUCAAUAAUUGGCAAGCGCUUUGCGCAGGUGGUGUACACUGUACGGUUGAUGAGUUGGUGCGGCUGCCAGGCACAUUAACGAGACAACGUGAGUAACGUAACCAGUGAUGCAAGUAAAAGUGGAGUGGGAAAGGAAAGCGAGCAUGGUUUAGGGCCUGCUGAGGAUGCUACUUACAGCAUGCAUGGAUCGUGGGGGCGAAACGCAGUACUUCUACGCCACAUUCGGUGCUAAACCCUGCGGAAGCCUAGGCCGCUUCCGCAGGCAGCGCGUCUCACUGAUGCGCUUGUUGUGUAAUUGCGCGCUUGUUGAGCAAUCGCCCGGGGGCAUCUGGAUAAAAGAACGAUGUUGACAUUGUAAUAGGUGCUGCAGGUAUGGCUGACCGCGACUGGGGGCGACUCAUCUAACAUGGGCUUUCGGAUGGCCGGAUGUGUGGUGGACUGGUGGUUCAAUAGGCGGGAAUGCCCGUGUGUGUGGGGGGGAGGGGGUCGAGCGAUCGUGUUGGGUAGGGGGGGCAGGCCAAGGCAGGCCGGAUGCUGGGGUACGGUACUACAAAAAGCCCCGUUCCCGCAUGUUUCGCUUGCUGAUAACUAUCAUUGCGGAUGUCGUGUGGCGUGUGGGAGGAACAACAGGACCCCGGGUUUGCUUCGACGCCCCAAAGCGGGUUUUUAUGCGGUUUCGGUGCUGGUCGGUAGUGUCGCCUCUCGAUUCCGCCAAGUCAAUAAUGCCAUUUCGCUCACGCUGCUUGCUCAAGAAAUGGCAGAAUGUAUACUUACAAAGGGAGACU